GGGCCUGGUUAUGGAAAUAGAGAAGAACAGGGGUUUGGCAAUAGAGAAGGGCCGGGCUUUGGAAAUAAGGAAGGACCAGGCUUUGGAAACAGGGAAGGGCCAGGCUUUGGAAACAGGGAAGGGCCAGGUUUUGGAAACAGGGAAGGACCAGGCUUUGGAAACAGGGAAGGGCCAGGUUUUGGAAACAGGGAAGGACCAGGUUUUGGAAACAGGGAAGGUCCCGGUUUUGGUAAUAGGGAAGGACCAGGCUUUGGUAAUAGGGAAGGGCCAGGCUUUGGAAAUAGGGAAGGACCUGGUUUUGGAAAUAGGGAAGGACCAGGCUUUGGAAAUAGGGAAGGACCAGGCUUUGGAAAGAGAGAAGGUCCAGGCUAUGGCAAU